AUGUUGCUUGGUAAUGUAGGUGCCAAGGGGCUUACCACUGUGGAGUCCUUGCAAUUUGACUUGGCUACAAUACAAGCAGCAACAAAUUAUUUCUCUCCUGAAAACAAGUUGGGUGAAGGUGGAUUUGGUGAAGUUUUCCAGGUACGUAUAACAUAUCUAUCAAAAACAAUCAAGAAUGCUUUACAUGUGAAUUGUAGACUUCCUAAUGGACAACAAAUUGCGGUGAAGAGGCUAUCUCGAAGGUCAAGACAAGGUGUUGAAGAAUUUAAGAAUGAAAUUCUAUUAGUUGCAAAGCUUCAACACAGAAACCUUGUACGACUGCUUGGAUUUUGCUUGGAGGGAGAUGAAAAGUUGCUAGCCUACGAGUUUGUGCCAAAUAAAAGCCUCGAUUACUUCUUAUUUGAAUAUGCGAUGCAUGGAGAGUUCUCAUUGAAAUCCGAUGUAUAUAGUUUUGGCAUAAUACUUCUAGAGAUCGUGUGCGGCAAGAAGAAUAACUACUACCACCAACUGGACGAGGGUGAAUAUCUUACUAGUUAUGUGUGGAAUCAAUGGAGAGAUGGCAAGCCCUUGGAAGUGUUGGACCCGGCUAUCAUGGAUUCAUAUUCAAGAGAUGGAGUGCUUCGAUGCUUGCACAUUUGCUUACUAUGCAUUCAGGAAGAUCCGACUAUUAGACCCACUAUGGCAACCGUAGUUCUCAUGCUCAGCAACAAUUCCUUUACCUUGCCAUCGCCUCAACAUCCCGCCUUCUUCGUCCAAAGUAGCUUGUCUGGACCAAGCAUUCAAAUGGAAGAACUUAAAUUGAACCAAUCUCCCAGGAGGACUAUGCCUUCGUCAACAAAUGGCAUGUCAGUUACUGAAUUGUGCCCCCAAUGA